UCCGCCGCUACGCGAGGCCGGGGAUUGGCAGGGCGCGUAGGCCGCGCCGCGGCGGAUGGAGCCGGAAUAAAGGGGCGAUAGAAAAAGCAGCUGGUCUCCACUCGCCCCACGCCUGACCCCUCGGGCGGCCCCGAGCAGAACCGACUACUGGGGAAAGCAGAGCUUCCCUGGCAUUGCCGGGACCCUGCCUUGAAGAGCCCCUUGUCCUGUAGACACUGCCUUGUAGGCUGUCUUCUUGGCUAAUGACGGGGGCUGCCUGAGCAGUCCUCUUCUGUGCCUUGUGUGAGGUCCUUGUCCAUCCCUGAGAUUGGGCAACUUCUCUCUCAGGGUUGGGUCACCUUAAGUGGGAAACUGAAGCCACUACUGUCCAAACCCUGUUUCAUCUUCCCAAGCAUGUCAGAAAGCUGGCAGCAGCCACCACAGACACAGCCACAGCAGCCACAGCCACCACAGCCUCAGCACCAUGCUGAGCCACCACCAGCCCUGGCUGAGCAUACACUGCCCCCAGGCACAGCUGAGAACCCGCUGGGCUGUGCUGUCUAUGGCAUACUCCUGCAGCCUGACCCAGGCCUGCAGCCUCCACAGCAUGCACCACUGCAGGCAGCAGGCGAGCCUGGCCCCAAAUGUGGUGUGUGUGGCCAUGACCUGGCACACCUGUCCAGCCCACACGAACACCAGUGCCUGGCGGGCCAUGAUCGCUCCUUCCAGUGUACACAGUGUCUCAAGAUCUUCCAUCAGGCUACUGACCUCCUGGAGCACCAAUGCGUGCAGGCUGAGCAGAAGCCUUUUGUCUGUGGUGUCUGCAAAAUGGGCUUCUCACUGCUCACCUCCCUGGCGCAGCACCACAGCUCUCACACUGGCAUGAUGAAGUGUUCCAUCUGUGAUAAGACCUACAAGCCAGCUGAGGCUGCCGAGCCAGCCACCACUGCUGCACCCUCACUGCCCCCAGCACCACCACCCACAGAUGUCGCCCCUGCAGAGCAGCCGGAAAAACCCUACAGCUGCCCCAUCUGCCAAAAACCCUUCAAGCACCUGUCAGAGCUCUCUCGCCACGAGCGGAUCCACACUGGAGAGAAGCCCUACAAGUGCACGCUGUGUGACAAGAGCUUCAGUCAGUCGUCCCACCUGGUGCACCACAAGCGCACACACAGCUCCGAGCGGCCCUACAAGUGCGCUGUCUGCGAGAAGACCUUUAAGCACCGCUCGCACCUGGUGCGUCACAUGUAUGCACACUCGGGUGAGCAUCACCUCUUCCGCUGCAACGUGUGCGAGUUGCAUUUCAAAGAGUCGUCCGAGCUGCUGCAGCACCCUUGCACCCCGAGCGGCGAGAGGCCCUUCCGCUGCGGCGAGUGCCAGAAGGCCUUCAAGCGGCCCUCGGACCUGCGACAGCAUGAGCGCACGCACAGCGCAGAGCGGCCCUUCAAGUGCGACCUGUGCCCCAUGGGCUUCAAGCAGCAGUAUGCGCUGAUGCGGCAUCGGCGCACGCACAAGACCGAGGAGCCCUUCAAGUGCGGGCUGUGUGAGAAGGGCUUCGGGCAGCCCAGCCACCUGCUCUACCACCAGCACGUGCACACCCUGGAGACUCUCUUCAAAUGCCCGGUGUGCCAGAAGGGCUUCGACCAGUCAGCGGAGCUACUGCGCCACAAGUGCCUGCCAGGCUCCACUGAGCGGCCCUUCAAAUGUCCGGUGUGUAACAAGGCCUACAAGCGGGCGUCGGCCCUGCAGAAGCACCAGCUGUCACACUGCGCAGCCGCAGAGAAGCCCCUCCGUUGCACCCUGUGCGAGCGUCGCUUUUUUUCCUCCUCCGAGUUCGUGCAGCACCGCUGCGACCCAGCCCGUGAGAAGCCACUCAAGUGCCCAGACUGCGAGAAGCGCUUCAAAUAUGCUUCAGACCUGCAGCGGCACCGGCGUGUACACACGGGUGAGAAACCCUACAAAUGCCCCAACUGCGACAAAGCCUUCAAGCAGCGGGAGCAUCUCAAUAAGCACCAGGGUGUGCACGCGCGUGAACAGCAGUUCAAGUGUGUAUGGUGUGGGGAGCGCUUCCUGGAUGUGGCGCUGCUGCAGGAGCACAGCGCGCAGCAUAGUGCUGCGGCGGCAGCUGCAGAGGGUGCCUACCAGGUAGCAGCCUGCCUGCCCUAAGGCUAGUGGGCCACCUGCCCCGCCCAGCCAAGCUUCACCUGCUUGUAGCUGCAUGGUACCAAGUCUUGUCACCCAGCUCCCAUGUGAGGCCCUAGGAGUGAGGACAGAAGGUUCCAGGGCAGGUGGAAGGUGCCCAUACUUAGAAUUCCUAGCACCAGCCUGGCAGUGGGAGAGCCAGAAUGCUGUGGCCAAGCCUGAUUCUAUUAACCUCUUCCCCAUGACAGGAUUUGCUUUCUGAGAGCCCUGUUGCCCCUCUCCCCUCAACCUAUGCGGGCCUGGGAUCCCACUUGGCAGUCAAGUGGCCCCUUUAUCCCCAGUAUGGGGGAUGCCAACCCAGCCCUCCCAAAUCUUUCAUCCUAGUUAGAAACCAAGUGACUUAGGAAGAAGGAAGGUUAUAGUAGAGCACCCUCAAGUUGAUCUUUAGAGGACAAAGCCAGCUUUGUGACAGUCCUGGAGAUAUGGGGUGUAGACCAUGACCUACAGUCCUCUGUAGCCCAGCCAGGACUGAGGUGACCCCUAAGUUUCUGAUAGUUGAGAUGUGUAGUAUAGGAGUCUUUGGGCAGGGUCUGCUUAGAGACUAGGGGCCCAGUCAGAAGGGGAAAGCAGAGAGGAUCUGGUGAUGCCCUCAGUUAUCACAGGGAGAGGAGCACAAGCAGCCCGUGUGCUGAGGGCUGAUCCUGUGACUUUGGAAGCCCCCUCCUGCCUGUGAGCGGUCCCAAGCUGUGAGGUUGUGAAUGUACCCUUAGCCAGGCAAGACUGCUGUUGUGGAAGGAGAGGACUGUUAGUCUCCUUUACCCCAUUCCUGGGGCUGGGAGGAAGGAGGACCAAGCCCACAAUCUUCUCAGCAAAUACAGACAAAUUCUUUCCUCUCAAAAUUUAUGAACCAAAGUGUCGGGCUCAGAGGCAUGGCCUCAGCUUGCCCCAGUCCUGCCUCAGGGCCAAAUGCAGGCCUGGGUGUCCAGUGUGGGGAAUGGUGUUUGAUCUCACAGUGCCCUCCCAGCCCAUGGGAUACCCACUCCAACACUGAUUGCAGACCCUAAGGAUCUUCGGUUGCCAAAACACUGUUCUCUUUUGAGUGAGGCUUCCUAGAGUCCUCCUGGGUCUGUGGCUGUCCACAGACUGCCUCCUGAGGUGAACAGGAGGUCAGAAGGAUAAAAGAGCCUAGAAGGUAAUUGCUCCUGACAGGUGCAUGGACAGCCACCAUCACUGGACGGCUCCUCAGGAGCCUGGAGGACCUUUGUUGUCAAAGUCAUCCUUCUGAGCCCAGCCCUGUCCAUGCCCUUUUCAGCCCCCGCCCUCCUAGUCAUGAGUCUUGAAAGAUUGACCAGCACAUAUGCCAAGUGCCCAGAGGGUGCUACUUACCUCUCACCUUAUGAAGUCCAACUGGCCAUAUCCACCUGCUCUGUCUGCCCAGGUUCCCUCCUGUGCCCACAGGGACAGGCUGGAACUUCUCUUGGCUGGUUCUUGGUCACUAAGCCUCAAAAGACUGGAAUCCAGGCUCACGACAGUCCAGUCCCAACUGUUCAUUUUUUUCCUUACAUUUUGCUUUCUAAAAGCAGUUUGUUAUAACAUUGUACAGCUUAAUUUCAUGUCAUUUUGGAUCUUAUGAAUGUGAGAGUUUGGAUGUUUGAAAAGAAUGACUCCAUUUUAGGUAUCCACUGUUGAUAUGUAUACAUAGUGAGUCUGAUGUCUGCUUUAGAAGUAAAGACACUGACCAUUGCA